UUUAACCACACCCACAGACGCAUUUUCUCACACUGCGCUCCCAUACCAGUCACGGAACCCAAAUCUGUGCGUUAAAAGAUCAACACGACUUUAAAGCAACAAGAAAUCAAGUUUAUAUUCCUGCCAAGCAAAACUUUUGAAUAGUUACGGAUUCAUAAAUCUUUAGGUCUGAAGAGAAAUUAUUACCUGCAAGAGAAGAAUUCCAGUGACGAGAUACUUGACCACCAGCCAGGAGCAUGGACUGGAAGACCUUUCAAGCCCUCCUCAGUGGGGUGAACAAAUAUUCAACUGCAUUUGGGCGAGUGUGGCUGUCGGUGGUGUUUGUCUUCAGGGUGAUGGUGUAUGUGGUGGCAGCUGAGCGAGUCUGGGGUGAUGAACAGAAGGACUUUGACUGCAACACCAAGCAGCCUGGCUGCGCCAAUGUCUGCUAUGAUCAUUUCUUCCCCAUCUCCCACAUCCGCCUGUGGGCCCUGCAGCUCAUCUUUGUCACAUGCCCUUCCUUCAUGGUAGUAAUGCAUGUGGCUUACCGUGAUGAGCGUGAGCGGAAGCACAUGGCCAAAUUUGGAAAGGACAGCAAGCUUUACAAAAACACAGGCAAAAAACAUGGCGGCUUGUGGUGGACCUAUUUGAUCAGCCUCUUUGUCAAGACAGGCAUCGAGGUCUCCUUCCUCUACAUCCUGCACCGAGUUUACGACAGCUUCUACCUGCCAAAGCUGGUCAAGUGUGAAGUGUCACCUUGCCCCAACAUUGUGGACUGCUACAUCAGUCACCCUACUGAAAAGAAAGUCUUCACAUACUUCAUGGUAGGAGCUUCAGCCCUCUGCAUUGUCCUAAACAUUUGUGAGAUCAUUUAUCUCAUCUCAAAGCGCAUUGCGAAAAUUGUACACUACUUUAAAAGACGCAAUCGCAACAUGGCUAUACAUCAUGAUGACUACAGAAAUGACCCCUUUAACAACAACCAUAUGCCUAUGUCAAGGCUUGACCUGAAGGAGAAGCCUCCUUUCUUCAAGAACGAGUCCUCAUUAAGGCCAUCUUCACUCAAACUUGAUAAGAACAUAAGGGCCUCAGCUCCUAACUUGUUGGCUGCUUAAUGAUUUUACUGAAAUAAAGCCAAUGAUCAAGCACUCAGCAGUGCCUGAGCUAGAUCCCAAUUACAAACCUGAACAGAACAAACAAAAGAACCCCAACCAGUACAUACUGUUCCAAUACCUGGAAGGUGACUCAUCAGUACUGGAUUCAUACAUGUAGGAGCUUGUGAUCAUUUCUAAUACUUUUAAGGAAAUCACUGGAACUUUGGUUUCCAAGUCAACACCCAUAAUAUUUACAAAUCAGCUACUAAGGCCAAAUAGAUUUUUAGUGUUGUGUGGUUUACUUUUAUUCUGUAUAAAAGGUCUAUGAGCAUUUUCAUCUUCACCCCUAUUAUAACAUUCCAGUAAAGGUUCUUGCAGCUUUUCUUGUGAUUAGAUAUUUGAUACAGGAGGCAAGAGAAAAUUACACAGUCAAAUAAGGGGAACAGGACACACCUGGCAGAGGUAUUCACCCUGCCCAAAGUGAUGUGACACAGCACUGUCACUAUGGGAUUCAAUAACACUUAAAAGCAAUUGUUUUUAUUAUUUAUUUUUAUUCUUAAAUUAUGACAAUCUUUGUAAUUUCAUGCCUAAGUCAGUGUAAAAACUCAAACAAUCAUGUGGUGGAAUGUGGACGCUAAAAGAACAUUUUUAAUCGUUUGUCUAAGAUAAAAAUCAAGUACAGGUACAAAAUGUUUAAAUUGUUGGUGUAUUCCUUUGUUCAGAUGUUCUGCAAGUGCAUUCAAGUAUCAGGUUUGUGCUGCUCAGCCACAAGUUGUACAUAGACUGCCUGUGUUUUGACAUGCUUAUACACAGCCAUAGCCCAAUCCAAGAACACUGUUGACUUAAAUACACCGAAAGGAAUGUUGCUGUUUAAUUCUGUGUUGGCAGAACUGGAGCACAGGCCUGAUAGACGGAUGGUUCUUUGAGCUACUUAUGUGUUAAUGUGAGUCACUCACUGUCCAUUGUGGACAGCUGGUGAAGAUACCUUCUCUGUAGUUUUUUGUACUUUAUUGUAAUUUUUUUAUAUGAAUGUAAAUAUAUGAAAUGCACUGA